CGGCUCUGAUGAUGGAGGAGCUGAACCCGUACACAAAGAUCAGCCCGGCUCUGGCCUCGGAGCGYCAGUCGGCCGGCGCCGUCCUGGGCAUCGUCUUCCUGCUGCUGCUCAUCAUGGCCAUGCUGGUUCUGGUGGUCUGGUUCCGGUACCGACAGAGAGAGAAGGGCCAGCAGGCCCCCAGCGUCACGUACACCCCAGCUCUGAACCUCAGCUCCACAGACUACUCCCUGUCAGCAGCAGGCCUGCCGUGUGCUGACUCCUCCCCCAGCUGCAGCUCUGCAGCCGGCUGCUUCUCCAACCKCAGCUACAGAACCCUGGGGCCGUGCACGUACGUGCACUAUGCCAAGCCGGACAAGAGGAACCUCUACAAG